GAGACUCCUCUGCAACUCGCACAAAAACAAAAUCCCAAGAACCCUUGGGACCUACUACAGUUGAGCGGAUAGUGGAGCACCAUCACAGACGCCAACAUGAAGAGCAUUCGCUUGAUUACUCCCUUACGCACAAUCCUCUACCAUCCGAGCCCCCAAAUCCCUUCUCAUCUCGUCUUCCUCCUCAAGCCAUCUCCUCGAUUGCUCCUCUUCUCCUCUUUGUCUAGUUCCGUAACCUCUCCUCGGAGCUCUCCAGUUCCUAGUCUCAGUGGGACGCAGCAGAACUUGAAACCGGAUGUCGGUUUGUUCGUGGCGAGGUGCGUCUCUCCAUUGUCAUCGCUGGCAGCGGAGCAACAGCAGCCGCACACGGUGGAAUGGAAUGAGCCGGUUUCGAGCUCUGAGUUCGGCAAUGGCGGUGAUGAUGGUAGUGUGGCGGAAGACACCAGGCCCUCGAUUCCUGUUCGGGCUUACUUUUUUUCCACCAGUGUGGAUCUGAAAAGUCUAGUGGAGCAGAACAAACCCAACUUUAUGCCACCCACAUCUCGAAUGACGAAUUAUGUCGUUCUUAAGUUUGGCAAUCUUUCACAAUCAAUGGGUUCAGGUCCAUGCUUAAGCGGAAGUGAUUGCUCCUACAUGGUUGUUUUUCAGUAUGGCUCCAUUGUCUUGUUUAAUGUUAAUGAGCGUCAGGUUGACGGAUUCUUAAAAAUUGUCCGAAGACAUGCAUCAGGAUUACUCCCUGAGAUGAGAAAAGAUGAAUAUGAGGUGAGAGAGAGGCCUACUUCAUGCACAUGGAUGCAAGGUGGGUUGGACUACAUUGUGUUGCAAUCCUUGAAUAUUGAUGGAAUUCGACUCAUUGGUUAUGUUCUUGGUCAAAGUAUUGCUCUUGACUACUACGUGCGGCAGGUUGAUGGAAUGGUUGCAGAAUUCACUGAUAUAAAUCGUGGCAUGGAGAAAACGGGAACAUUUACCAUGGAUAAGAAAAAACUUUUUCAGAUUGUGGGAAAGGCAAAUUCUAACCUCGCUGAUGUGAUUCUUAAGCUUGGACUUUUUGAGAGAUCUGAAAUUGCCUGGAAGGACGCAAAAUAUGCUCAGAUAUUGGAAUAUCUUAGAGAGGAAUUCGAACUGACACAGCGAUUUACAAGUCUCGAAAUUAAGUUGAAGUUUGUGGAGCACAACAUCCAAUUUCUCCAGGAAAUUCUUCAGAAUAGGAAGUCAGAUUUUUUGGAAUGGCUUAUCAUUAUAUUGAUUAGUGUUGAGAUCAUCAUCUCUCUUUAUGACCUUGUCCACAGGUCAGGGAGUCUUAUUUAGCGCCAUCUUCCCGUGGGACAUUUUGUUGAUACGCAGCGAUUCCAUUUCUCGUAUAGAUUUAUAUUCCAUCUUGUAAAGAAAAGAUAACAGAUUGAUUGCUAAAGCUGAUUAUGUAAAUUUUGGAAUUGUUAAUUCUACUAUGUAUACAGUUAAUUAAUUUAGGUAAAUGUGUCUAAGGAUUGAACA